CUCCGGGAUGGAGCUGCUGCCCGGGCACCGCUUCCCUUCGUUGCUGCUUCUGCUCCUGCGUCUGCUGCCAGCCGGGCUCCGGGCGCCGCCGGCAGACAGUCACUCCCUCUGCUAUGUCAUAACUGUCAAUCCCAAGGCCAGACCUGGACAGCAACGGUGUGAUGUUCAAGGUCACAUGGAUGACAGGAGGAUUCUGCACUGUGAUUGCAGCUUCACUGAGAUCAGCUUUUUUGACCCCUUUGGGAGGGAAGUGGAUGCCAUUGACAACUGGGCAGAGCAGACAGAAAUGCUGCGAGAUGCGGUGGACGCCCUCAACCAGCAAGUGGCCGAAAUGAAACAUUCCACGAGCAAGGAUCCCCCGAGCCUGCAGGCCAGGAUGUGCUGUCGGCGUGGAGCCAGUGGCGGCACGCACGGGUCCUGGCAGUUCAGCUUCGAUGGACAGAUCGGCCUCCUCUUUGACCCGGAUGCCAGAAUGUGGACAGAGGUUCACCCUAGGGCCAGCUGGAUGAAGACGACCUGGGAGAAUGACAGGCAGCUGACUGAGUUCUUGAGGAAGGUGUCCAUGGGAGACUGCACAAGGUGGCUGGGGAACUGCCGCGGACCGGCUCUCGUGGAGACUCAGACCGAGGGAGAACAAGGGUGAAGGCUCGAGGAGAAUCAGGAAUCGGCGGGGAGAAAUGACAGACAGACACACACAUUAUGAGUAUGCUGCUGCGGUUUAUUGUAGUAAGGCUUGGGUUUAUAUAGUAAAGGACAAUGCUACAGGCAAAUGUAAAACUUUUAUCACAAAGGUUGACAAAAUGAGUUAAAGCUUAGUGGAACAAUGAUGUCAUAUGAAUGGUUUUACAAGGAACAUAGUGGGGGCAUUGUAAUUAAUGUUUUUAGACAAUUUACUGAGAAUGAGAGUUGACCUUAGGGUUAAUAGGUAAUUUUGUUUUAUGAAUUGUUUAGGGGAAUUACUGCCCAAAGUUUUGCUUGCCUUUUAGAUACUUGGAGAUAAUCCCUGAGCAAUCUUAACAUUUCUCUGUCACUAUAAUGGGAACCUAAUGAUAUGUUUUGACUUGCAUUCCUAGCUCCCUCGUAAACAGCUUUAGUAAACAGAGGGGCAAAGAUUGUUUGAAUUUCUCCAUAAUCUUAUGGGAAACGUUAACUUCUUUUUCUUGAUUUUCUUGUUUCUGAUAAUUGUGAGAGCAAGCAGUAAAGUGUAAACACAGCUGGUAGAUAAUGCAUAAUGAGAUCAUCAACAGAGCGGAGACACAGUGUCCCCAAAGUCAGCAAGGACAUGUUUUCGGGCUUCCAUCGUGUGAGUCGGGGGUCAUUACAACCGCGGACUGCACAGGAACCGCCUGAGGCUCCACUCCAACAGAGCGCUGACCUCAAAACCCUGCAGCCUUAGACCCCCGACGCAGCAACAUCUUGCCACGCGGGUAUCACAGCUGUGGGCGUGGCAUGUACUAACAUUAUAUCCUGCUACUUUACCAAACUUUCUAUGAGUUCGAAUAGUCUGUUAGUAGAGUCUUUUGGAUCCCCUAUCUAUAGUAUCACAUUAUCUGCAAAUAGAGAUAGUUUGACUUCCUCCUUCUCAAUUUGUAUCCUUUUGAUUUAUUUUUCUUGCCAAAUGGCUCUAGCUAAAACUAGAGUGAGAGUGGGCAUCCUUGUCUGGUACCAGAUCUCUGUGAGAAUGCUUCCAGCUUUUCACCAUUCAUACAACACUGGCCAUGUGUUUGUCAUAAAUUGAUUGUGUUGAGGAAUGUUCCUUCUCUACCCAAUUUGCUUAGAGUUUUCAUCAUGAGAGGGUGCUGUAUUUUAUCACCCAAAUGCUUUCUCUGCAUCUAUUGAGAUAAUAAUAUGGUUUUUUUCUUCGGUUUGUUAAUGUGAUGUAUCACAUUGAUUUGUGAAUAUUGUACUAUCCUUUAUACCAGGGAUAAAUCCCACUUGGUCCUUGUUAAUGCUCUUUCUGAUGUGUUUUUGGAUUUGAUUGGCUAGUAUUUUUUUGAGCAUUUUUGCAUCUCUGUUCAUCAAUGUGAGCACAGAGCCUUCUGUGACAACCCACCCUAGGCACUCAGGGAACUCUCAAUCUCUGAAUAUUCACACGAUGAUUAAACAAAGACCCAGCCACACCCCACACCCUAUCACACAGUCACAGAAUUCCCACAGUCAUAGUGUGUAAGGCCCCAUGGUCUCAGGUAGAAGGGGAUCAACUUGCAGCCCCUUGAGCCCCCUCAGUCCAGAGAGAGCAGCAGUAUGAGCCAGCUGCCUGCCCAAUAAAAAUUGGCCAGUGCUGUGCCUUAGCAAGUUGAGUUCAGCCACCUUGGAUGAGUGAGGGGAGGUUAGUGCUUCAUAGGCCUAAGUAGUACCCUGCCCCUGACCAAUCAUCCAGGCCAGGUUUAAAGUCAGUGGGGACCACAGCAUUUUAUCCCUCCAAUAAAAUCCCUCAGAUGUGUGGCCCACAGCAGCCUCUGCUCUCCUUAUUAAGGUGGCAUUUUCUUCCUGGUGGUUGCCAACAAACUUGCUGGGGAUGGGAAGAAAGCAAUGUGCUCUCGCUUCACAGGGUUAGGUGGGCACCAUGACCCCCAUUAGUGCCCUAGGCUGGACUGAAAGUCACUGUGGACCGCAAGGUUGUCCCUCAGGCAAUAUCCCCAGUGACAGGGAUGUUACAGGUUUCUCUCACCUUGCUCCAAGGAGAUGGCCUCUCCCUCAGCCACUGGCUGUGGGUGUCACAGGAGGUGUCCUGGGGUCUACAUGACUAUCCCACCCCACUGCUAUAUGCUGCCCAUCUUAUUUUUGUAGAAUAUCUAUUACGGGGUGGCGCUGUGGCAUAGCAGGUUAAGCCACUGCCUACAGUGCCAGUAUCCAUAUGAGUAUCAGUUUGAGUACCAGCUGCUCCACUUCUGAUCAAGCUCUCUACUAUGGCCUGGGAAAGCAGUGGAAGAUGGCCAAAUUCCUCAGGCCCCUGCACCCACUUGAGAGUCCCGGAGGAAGCUCCUGGCUCCUGGCUUCAGAUUGGCAUAGCUCCAGAUAUUGCAGCCAUCUAGGGAGUGAACCAUCGGAUGGAAAACCUCUCUCUCUCUCUUUCUCUCUCUCUCUCUCUCUCUCUCUCUAUCUCUGCCUCUGCUCUCUGUAACUCUGCCUUUCAAAUAAAUAAAUAAAUAGAAUGUCUACUGCAAACUUCUCUCCAACUUCCCACAGGGUAUGCAGUUCCUCUGCUUUUCUUCCAUUUUUUUCCUGUGGUUAGAAUCAGCACUUAUUUUCCCUGGUCAGCCAUCUUGGAUCCUCUGGACUGAAGACUUUAAAAUUUUAUAAGUCUAGUGGUCCUGUUGUAUUGUUGCCAGUAAUGAAAGUUAUAUUGACUAAAAAAAAGACCCAGGGGCCUUUCAAAGAUCUUUGAGGCUGCCUCUCUAUAUCACAGGCCCAGAGGCCUAAAGGAGUUGAAAGUUUUAUAAACCCUACAGGUACUUUCCAAAAUGCUGAAUGCUGUGGACAUAACUGCCUUUCCUGAUCAGUGGCUGGGUUUUAUAAUUUUAACCAUUGCUUUUGUAAGCCUUUUGUCAUCUAUAGCUUCUAUUCUUUGAAAGCAUCUGCAAUCAGAUUCAUGGAGAAGACUUUAAUGAAAAUUCUUAAAUAAUAGGUUUCAGAUUGCCUUAAGAUAAGAGAUAAGACAAGAUAAGACUUUCCAGGACUGUGAGGGGAAAAAGAAAAAAAAAUCAGCAAAACAAUGAAUGGUGAAGAAUAUAAGAAUUAAUUACAUGAGACUCUAUUGCUGGGGAUUCAUUUCUGAGAGGAGGAGCGUGGGGGUGGGGGGG